CGGCAGGCGGCCAUCCUGUUGCGCUAUUAUGUCGACGAGCUGGCGGCCCGAUUCGACCUCUGCGAUCCCCAGUGCCACUUUGCCCAGGUUGUGCCGCAUCGUGCCCGCUCGUCGAUGCCGCUGCGCAUGGCCAUCCUGACGACGUCCGCGCGGCAUCUGAUUCGAUUGCCGAGGCAUCGGAAUAGCUCCGGUGAGGUCGAGUGGCAGGGCCAUCGGUUGCCGGAGCUGACGGAGGAGUCGGCGCUGGACUACCACACGGCCUGCAUUCGCGACUUGUUGGCACUGAGCAUGGAUCCAGACCAGAUCCACAAUGAGAACCUCUUGGCCGCCGCCAUCAUCCUGCGCACCGACGAGGAGAUGGACGCGCCGUUGCGGGAGGAGGCGCAGGACCAGGAGGUGUUUCUGCGCAUGCUGAACGUGUUUAUCGCCGCCCAGGUGCACUGCGUCGAGUCGCGCUGGUCCUCGCCGGCCGACGGUCUACGACAGGCGGCCUUCUGGGUGGCUCUGCGCCAGGAGGUGCUGAGCUCGUUCAUGAAACAGCGCGCGCUAGACUUUCCCUUGGCGCAUUGCCACGGCUUCCGGUCGCUGUCGCCCGCCUCCGACGCCGUCUGGGCCAAUCGCAUCGUCAUCUUCUGUGCCGACGUGCUAGAAUACUGCUACGGCAGUCGUGACGCCGCGUCCGUCCGGUCGCCCGGUCGCUGGCAGGCGUUGGUGACGUACCAGGAAGAGCUGCACGCGUCGCUGCCGCCUUCCUUCGACGCGCUCUAUUGCCGCGACGCCGACCCUGCUGUCGACCAGAUGUUCCCGGAAAUCUGGCAUCUCGAUCGCUGGCACGUCACGGGCACGAAUCAUGGCGGCCUGGCUCGACUCCUCUUGCUGGUGUUCGAUCCCACGCGACCGCCGCUGGGCCCGGGAUCGGCGGCCAGACGGCGCGAGAUGAUGCAGUCGGUCCGGACCAUCGUGCGUCGGCUAUGCGGCGUGGCUCUGAGUAACCGUCACUCGCCGUCGACCUUCUUCGAGGCUAUGAUGGGCAUCAUCACUUGUGGCGAGUACUUUGAGGACCCGCGCGAGCAGUCGGCGCUGCUGGACGUGCUGGACGUGAUGCGUCGCGAGCAUGCGUUUCCGACUGAGAGCGUCGAAGCCCGGCUGCGGACGGCGUGGUUAGAGACAUCCUAG